AUGUCAACAAUACUUGGUAUAGUUGGUGGUCUUUCUACUGCACUUCAAAUAUUAAUUUUACCUAUUGUGAAAUUAGUUCGACGAAUCUAUUAUUAUUAUUGUAGACGUCAUAAAGAUAAUCAUCAUAAAACUCUAAUUACUUUCCAUGAACUUCAACGUUCUAUUCAAACAAUAAAUGUAUAUCAUGAAGUGCGAACAACCCAUUUAACAGAAAAUUCACAAACAAGAGAUGAAAUAUUACUUAUACAACGUCAACAAAUAGCUGCUCGUUCUUAUAUAUUAUUCUUUAUCUUAGCACUUAUUAUUAUAAUAACUUUUACUUCAUUAAAUUCACAAACACAUUCCAUGACAAUAUCAUUUCCAUCAGAAUCGAUAUUUGAACAAUUACAAAUUGAUUAUCUAUCAUCAUUAUCAUGUCCAUGUUCACAAAUAGCAAUUCAAUAUUCGAAAUUUCUUUCAAUUAAUCCAAUAGCUUAUCAUCAAAUAUGUUCAAGUUAUUUUAUCUCAUCCGAUUUCAUUGAAUUAUUAUGGGGUAGUGAAUCACUCAACAGUUAUUAUUGGAUUGUAGAUAUGAAAAUAUUAAGUACACAAUUUCGUCUUUUAGCAUCAUUCUGUUCUCUUGCAAAAGAUAUAAUCAAACAAAAAAUUGAAGUAUUUUCUUCACGAGAAUUGAUUAGUAUUGAAACAUUAACACGUCGUAAUUUUCAAAUUCAAAUAAAUUCUAUUAUUGAUCAUUUUAUGAGUCAAGUACCAACUGAUUUUCGACGAAUACAUAACUAUAUCAUAGAAGUAUUUCAUGCUAAUCAACUACAUAAUAUAUUCUUUACAAAUUGGAAUCUUGAUCCGACGACUUUUAAUGAUAAUUAUAUUAUGUCAACACAUCCAAUAUUAUAUAAUAAUAGUAAUAGUUCAUGCUCAUGUACAACUACGUCAACAUGUUCAAGAUCAAUUUUGACUUAUAACAACAAGAGAGAAGUUUUGUCAGGUCUUGUUCUUGGUUGUUUACCUAUCUAUGGUUUGCAUCUAUCAACAUUUGAAUGUCUUUACAAUUCAACAUGCUUAUGGAAAUUAUUUAACUUGAUUAAUAGUGAAUACAAUAUUUCAUCAUCUCUCAAUACUUCGAUAUAUAGUCGAUUUAUGCCCAUUUCAUCUGUAGUUGUUGGUACAUUGAUUGAUGAAUUAUUUAUCGAGGCAUGGAAAAAUGAAAGUAACUAUUCGAAUUACUUUUCAAUUUGUGCACCAUUAACAUGUCGAUACACUUAUACGGAAAGGAAUGAUUUUCUCUAUAUAUUAGCAACAUUUCUAGGCUUAUAUGGUGGAUUAACAAUUGGCCUAAAAUUUGUUAUCUGGUAUAUUAUAGAUAUUAGUGUAACGGUACAAGAACGCUUUGAUUUUCGUUGA